ACAGUUGCAUGGAAAAUCCUCCUGUUUACAUCACGCUUUCAUCUUUUUUUGUGGAUUUCCUGGACUUUUCACGCAAUUCCCGACAUGGUUGUCGGUGCAUUUCCUGCAGCAAAGUUAGGGGUUCUGCUGCUUAAGCAGAUCAGCAAACCCAUUGCGAAUUACAUGAAGAAUCAAGCAAAGAAAAGCCCCUUCUUCCGACAAUACAUCUGCAUGCCACCAGCUCAGUUAUACAACUGGUGGGAGGUGCAGGCAAAGAUGUGGUCAAUGAAUUUGGGGAAACCGACGACAGUUCAGCCUCUCAGUGAAGCCAUGGCUAUUGAAUUGGGAGCUAAUCUCCUUGGGGAGGUGAUUAUCUUUGCAAUAGGAGCUGGAAUUCUCAUCCUAGAAUAUGCAAGACAAGCUAAUAAGGAAACCACGAACCAGGAGAAAGCAACGCAAGAAAAGCUUGAGCUGAAUCUUAAGCUCCAGGAACUGCAGCUUCAUGCUGAACGGCAAGAUGCACAAAUAAGGGAAAUGAUGAGAAUCCUUGCGGAUGUGGAAUCAAGAUCGUGGCUCCCAAAGAAUCCGCUAAAAAAGUCCGAUAGUUCCCCCGUACUGAAAACAAUGGAAAAUCGAAGAAAUAUCCGGGAUAUUGGCUUGGAAAAUGUCAAUGGGGGCUCUUCUCUAGCACCCCAAGGGCUUGUACAUAGAGCCCUUGAAAUGGUUGAAAAGGAAAUCUUCGCAGGCGAUGAAGAUGAUGAAGAGGAGACUCGAAGAUUGGGAAGAAUUUCUCAGGCUCUUGUUUAUUUGAGAUAUCAGUGAUUUGUUUUUACAAUUAUCCUUUUCCUAGCUACCAUAAAGUGUUGAUCAUUAAA